GCGAGCCAGAGGGAUUUAGCAGCGUUAAACAGAGUGUAAUGGAGAAUGGAGUGAGGCUAAAGUGAGAGAGACUGGGGCUUUAGUGCUCUAGCGUUAGUGCUACUGUCAGGGUGUGCGUCUCUCUGAGGACUCCCAGUCCCAACACCUCCCACAGAGCUUCCUCUGGAAAGUCAUUGUAGCGCUUCGACAUACAAACGCACAUCUGACUGCGCUUCAGACAGCAUGACUGGCGGACUGAAGGACGAGGAAACCGAGGUGAGGUGAUUUCUCUCAGCCGCAGCGCAGCAGCACAACUGCAGCAACGUUGCUGGAAUACAUUCACUCGCCGUUCAUCAGGAAGCAGGGCAACAUUUACAAGCCGAACAACAAAAGCAUGGACAACGACAGUCUCAACGAGAAGACCAUGCAGGACGUCCACACCAAGGAGAUAGACCUGGUCAACCGGGACCCCAAACACUUGAACGAUCACGUAGUUAAGGUGGACUUUGAGGACGUGAUCGCUGAGCCUGCAGGCACAUACAGCUUCGACGGCGUGUGGAAGGCCAGCUUCACCACCUUCACAGUCACCAAAUACUGGUUCUACCGGCUGCUGACGGCGCUGGUGGGCAUCCCGUUGGCGCUGAUCUGGGGCAUUUUCUUUGCCAUACUCUCCUUCCUGCACAUCUGGGCCGUGGUACCAUGCAUCAAGAGCUACCUGAUUGAGAUCCACUGUGUGAGCCAAGUCUACUCCAUCUGCGUGCACACGUUCUGCGACCCGCUCUUCGAGGCCAUCGGGAAGUGCUUCAGCAGCAUUCGCGUCACCACCACCAAGGUGGUGUAGGUGCAGAGAAAGUGAAGGAGGAAAGGGGCAGGGGUUUGGGGGCGGGGACAGGAUGGAAACUCAGAAGGAAGGGAAUAAAAAGAUAAACAAAAAAAAGAAAAAUGACCUUCAUGUUGAAGAGGUCCAUGCAUGGAGAGUACAGACAGGGUGGGCGGGGUUUACAGUGUCUCUAUGGUGCCUUAUGGUCACCCAUCUCUGUCUCACUGUCCAGAAUCUUUGUGUCCCUCCCGAUUGGGGUUGUCCACCAGGGGCAGAGGAUCUAUGAAAUUUUAUUAGGGAUAACCGUGUUAUGCUUGGUUUUUUUUUUUUUUUUUUAAUCACUAAAGGAGCACCAUAUCAGCCUGUCUUGUGUUUUAUUCUGCUUGCGUGGGCAACACAGCAAGUCUGUUGAUUUUCUGUUUUGUCCCUUUUUAUUAAUUCAUACUUUUAUUCAUUUAUCCAACCCAUAGUUCCAUAUUAAUGUCUAAACAAUGUCUUUGAUGUCUUUAUCCUUUUUUGCUAACAUGGAUUACCCCAUUUGUGUCACUAAAGUUUAGAAAAUUCUUUGUUUUUUGUGAUAAACUGAUAAAGUGGGCGUGCUCCUGCUGAUUCUGAGACUGCCCGCAACACUGCAUGCUGCCGUUGUUGUACCACAGUCCAAACGCGAGGCAAAAGGGCUGACCUCAGUGAACCUGGCGAAAACUUUGUCAACUCAGCAUAAGCUGACAAAAGAGACUGUACCUGCCGUUGGGUCACACGCUACUCUCUAACCAGUCAACAUGAAAACAAGGUUUUUAUUUUUUUGAGUGAGAGAGAGAGAGAGUGAUAGAACUCUCCCCACAAACUGCCGCUUGGAUCCUGCUACUUAGCUUAACCACACUUAAGAUAAAGACCAACUGAGGCCUUCCAGCGUCGGUGAAGACUGAGCUUUAGCAUAAAAGCACUAUAGCCUUUACAAGACACCAGCUUUUCUCUGCGCUCUCUGAAGAUGAAGUACCUUUUUAUCCGUCUUUUCAUUCCUAACAUUUUUUUAAAGCAGCUGAGGUGCAUAGUGACAACAUUUGUUUGUUUGUUUAUGUUUGUCUGUGUGAAAAACCUGAAUUAAGUGCCUGAAAAAAAAUAUAUAUUCAUUCUGCUUAUUUACUCAUUCACUGACGGACUCACACACUGGCAAAGACUGGCAAUAAACUGAAGUCUCGGGCCCCAGAGACUGCUGCUAAAACGGGGCGCCUUUGUUUUAUACCGUCAUCAAGAUCACUUCAACUCAUUUUUUGUCUACCUGCUGUCUGUGAGGAUGGUAAAGCGAGCGAUAUGUGCUUGAAUGAGUCUCUCGCCAUGAGGGAGGCUGUAUUAUUUUUUAUGAACCAAUGUUCUCCUUCUCUGCUUUUACUCUACACAUCACGCUGUGCACAUUAAAAAGUGAAAAGAAA